AACACUUCCGGUGGGAUGAACAGUGUGUGUAAUUGUAAACAACUUUGUUUAGUCAUUUAUAGUUCGCCACAUGAAUUUCUUGAGUGAGAAAUAAUAGAAGGUAAACUUGAUUUGUCAUUUUUUCAAUACGGUUGUGUAGUAGUGGGGAAACGGGUCUUUAUUCUGAAGCAUAUCUACGUUCAGUAGAAUGUAUGUUUAUUCACUAAUCAACCGAUCAAGGGCCUUCAGGGGGCAUAUACAUUUUUUAACAACAACAUUCAUUAUAAAUACAUGAUAUAAUAUAUGUAAUGAAUAAGUUUCCACAUUGGUCUGUAACUGGAGAUAAUUUAUUUCUAUUUUGUAUUUAAUUAUAUUUCUAGCUGUGUGAGGACUAAUUAAUUUCUGUUGAAACGAGGGGAUUACAAUCUAAUUAAAAUUAGAUCUUCUCUAACCGUUACACUGGAGAAGGUAACGGUUAGAGAUCUGAUUUUUAUUAGAUUGAAUUUGGUGAUGUUCAAAAGAGCUAUGUGUUACAUCUAUUCUCUGAUAUUUGUAACAUUUCCUACAUUUGUGUGUUGCCAACGUAUAUUCUCCAAGUAAGCGAAUAAGUUAAGAUUUUCCCAGUUUUAAUUUUGACUUGCACCAAUAAUCUAAAUACGUAUACAGAAAGGUUUUUAUAUGUAUUUUAUUUUCCACUAAGGCUGAAAGGGUGUAAUUAUAAUAUUACAACAAAGUCUUGUCACUAAGGCAACAUCAAAAUUAUCACCUGAUAUAAAUAGUUCUCAGUCACAUUCAGUUUCUAUGUAAAGCUACCAUAAGUGAUACAUAAUGAGCCUUGAUAAAAUACACAAUUAAUUUUAAAAUAGAUCCUUUUUUUUAAAAUUAUUAUUUGUAGUUGCUUAGGGAGCUUAUAUUUAUGUUAUCAAAGUAAUAUAUCUUGAUAAUAUGCUGCUUAAAUGCAAGAAAAGUCCUUGUAAAAUCAUUUGUCAUUUUGGUAAAGCAUGUCUUUAAAGAUUAUUUGAAAGCCUUUUUAGAAAAGAAAUUGAAAAAGUACAAUACUUUUUCUGCUCAAAUUCAAGCAUCACUUUAAGAAGGUAAUUUAUGUUACAUUUAACAUAUAUUAUUGUAAAUACUUUAUGAUAAAUAGUGCUUAUGUCAUGUUACGUAUGUCAAAAUGCACUAUUGUGAGUCUGAUAUGCCACAGCAAGUGUACCACAAUAAAGAUCCCUCCCUGUUCAAAGGUCAUAAGCACCAGACAUAGGCCAAAAUUUUGCAGCCCUUCAUUGGCAUUGGUGACGUCUCCAUGUGAGUGAAAAUUUCUCGAUAGGGACGUUAAACAAUAUACAAUCAGUUGAUUAACAUAUUGAUAGUCAGCUCUUAUUUUCUAUUGAAAAAGCAAUGGGAUAAUAUAUAGAUGUAAUAUAUGCUAGGUAGUUUAUAUUAUCGCUUUUUCAAUAUAAAACCUAUAAAUUAAUUCUUUUGUUUCUUUUAUCUGGAUAUAACAGUACAGAAUCUUCAAUUCUUUCUUUUGAAUGAAUAUAAAUGAUCUUAAUGAGUAACAGAUAUUUCGGGCUUCAAGCAAUGUUGUUGAAGAUCUCAGAAAGAAGGUUGUUUAAAACUGAAUUUAAUAACCUGUUUGUUCUGUAAAAUUAAGUAUUUUGUCUUUUAUUUGCAAUAUUUUAGGGAUGAUAAACAUUCCUUUAAACAUGUUAUUUUUAAAAAAAUGUUUCAAAUGAAACACGUAUAAUGUGAAAUACAGAAAAAAAGUACAUGAAUACAACACAAAAUAAUUAUAUGGACAACUUUUGAGAUUAGGGUAGAUAGAAUAUUCACAAAACCAAAUAUACUAUUUUUUAUUUUAGUAAUUUGCAGUCUACAAAGAGAAGCUAUAGUUUCAUCUAAACAACUAACUGUUUUAAUAACAUAAAUUACAUAUUAAUUAUCAAAAAUGAUCUUGAAUCAAGAUAUACAUAAAAUGUGCAAAAUAUAUUCUUUUCUAUAUUUUCUUUGUAACAUUUAAAAUCCAGUCUAAUACAGCAUGUUUUCACUCAUAAUUUUAUAUUUUUGAAAAAAAAAAUCUGUUUAUAUUAAAUUUUCAUUUAAUAACUUUAGAAUGUUAUGGCAGCUGUAUGUUUACAUUUAAGUUUACGGGACAUGUAAGUUACAUAAGUUAUGUUAUGCUUUGAAGAAAAUGCAAAGCUUCAGUAUCAUUUUUCAUGUAGUAUUUGUUUUUGGAAGUGUGAACAAUAUACACAUCAACUGUCUAUAACAGCAUGAUCUGCAAAUAAUUUUUCAUAUCAAAAUGUGCAAAUAAAUGUUAAAUUGCAGUAGAUAAAAUACAUAGUUCUUGAAAAGAGGAGAAAGUUAUUUAUAUAUACAUGAUGAUUGGUUGUUUAUACUUCAAAGGCAUCUUUAUUCAUUUGAUAAAAAUUUAAAUGCUGAUAAUUUUUUGACAAUUAUUGGAACACUGUAGCUGAGUGAAGAGGAAAUUGUAUACUUAUUUUGGAACCAUCAAUUACACAAAGCUAUGUACCCCUUACUUCACUCAAGUGAAAUUUCCAAACCAUUUGAGUUUGAGUCCUAAAAUUGUGAAUAGUGUUUCUAUAAGUAUUAUCACAUAUCAAUAAAUGCCCAACCAAUUAUGAUUGAUUGAUUGUAUAUUGUUUAACGUCCCUUUCGAGACUCUCACUCAUAUGGAGACGUCACCAUUGCCAGUGAAGGACUGCAAAAUUUAGGCCUAUGCUCGGCACUUACAGCCUUUGAGCAGGGAGGGAUCUUUAUCGUGCCAACCUGCUGUAACACGGGACCUCGGUUUUUGGAGUAUCCUCCGAAGGACCGCCCCAUUUAGUCGCUUCUUACAACAAGCAAGGGGGUACUGUUUCAUUGACAAAACAUUUCUGAGUGUCACAAUUUACAGAGAAUAGGAAAACAGAUCUAUUCCAUAUAAACACCUUUGAUUUACAGGUUAUCUUUUUCUGUGUGCAUAUGACAAAUUCACAGCCUAAGUAAAUUGGGCUUGUUGAUAUUGCCAGCUGGUGAAAAGAUACAUAAUUUUUAUAAUAAAUUGCAUUUAAUUCCAGCAGUGUAAAAAUGAAAGAAAAAAGUGUCUCUAUGUGUAGUAACAGGAUGUGACAUCAUUGGCUUAGAUCAUACUUUGUAACUAGCAAAUGGCAUGAUGAUGCAGACUGCAAUUGAAAAGCGUGAUUUCCAAGACUGACGAUUAUAUUAGAUAUUAGUGUUCACAAACAUGCAUUAGGAUAUUAAAGUCCGCCUGUUAUUCGUGGCACUAUCCUUUUGAUUUUGAUAGAAAACGUUAGCAGAAAUUCUUUCUUGUAUAGUUUUUAUAGCUCACUCAGCACAAAGUCAUUAUGAAUUAUUUUCUUCUCUUGGCAAUGUUCUUGCAUGAUAUUCAUUUUUUGUUUUUUGGAUUGGCUGAAACAAAAUUGACUUCUCUAGAAAAUAUUGAAAACCAAUGAAAGUUGAUAUUUACAUAAAAUUGUUCUCCCAUACAGGUCUUUUUUAUUUUUUAUUUUUUUUUAUACCUGGAAUUGGUCAAACCUAGAGUCAGAGUGGGGCCACAAAGUAGCUGUUUUAAAGUUUCAUAUGUUUUAGACAUAUCCAUUAAAAUUCUUUAAAAGUCUUGUGCCGAGGAUCUACAAGAGUAUAGUUUGUCAAAUCAAUAAUCCAGCAUCCUCAUGUAGUUUUUAUUCAAAUUUGCCCCUACCAUGACCAUCGGGAUCUGAGUGGAGCCACUGUAUGUAUUUCAUGUUUUAUAAAGGAACAAUAUGUAUAGACACAUUCUUUACAAACGAAACACCACAGUGACACAAUCUAUCAAGAAUCCUCAUGUUGUGUAAAUUAAAGUUCCGUUCCUGGCUUGCCAAUCGUGGCAAGGGCACAUGCAGUCAAUAGGGGUUUUUAUAAGGUUUUUACACGGGCAAAUGCGUCGCUCAUUUGAGUGAUGUGGGUCAUGUGACGCAUGAAUCUAAGAUAAUCUGUGAUUAUCACUGUCACUUCCUUGGAAGGAAGGAAUUCCAGUUUAUUGAAUGAAAGUCCAUGCCCCCUUGAAUAGCUAGGGAGAUAAUCCAGAAAAGGGAAAAAUAGGAUGGGUUCAAUUUAAAGAAUUCUGCUCAAGAACUAAUGGGUCAGAAAAGUUGAAAUAUACAUGAAAGCUUCCUGACAUAGAGUAGAUUCAAAUUUAUUCAAAUUGUGGUCCUUGGGGUAGAUGGGGCUACAAUAUGGGGGGUCAAAGUUUUACAUGUAAAUAUAUAGCAAAAAUAUUUUAGAAUCUUCUCAAGAACAACAGGACCAUGAUUAGUCAUCAUAAUAAGCAAGCAUCCCUAGGUAAUGCAGAUUCAGUUUGUUCAAUUCAGGGGCCCUGGGGGUAGGGAAGGGUCACAAUAGCAGAUAAACGUUUUAUAUGGGAAUGUGGGAAAUUAAUUUAAACAAACUCUUUCCAAGUGUAGCAGGCCAGGGCCACACUAAAUCAGAUGCAAAUGUUCCUAAGUUGUGUGAAUUCAAGUUUUAUUAUGACUGUAGUCGGGGGAUGUAUUGUUUUCUCCUCUAUGUCUGAAACUUUAACCCUGCUCAUAACUUUUGAAUCAUGGGUUAUAGGGCAACAUUUUUCAUUGGAAUAAAGACCGGAAAAAAACUCUUAAAAAUCAGAACAACUGAACAACAGAAGGGUCGAGAUGACUCAGGUGAGCAAUGUGACCCAUGGGUCUUUUACAGAUGUCACUGUCUCUUUAAGUCUGUCACUAGUACAUUAAACAUGUAGAUUCAAUACAAAUUUUUGACAUCUUUGCCAAUGAAGAAAUGGGUUUUUUCAAUCUGAGUACCAGUUACAGGGCAGAAGAGGUUAUUCAAUAUUUCCAUGUCAAAGUGUUAUUGAACUACAGAGCAUAGCAUGAAUACAGCAGUUUUCCUUUAUUAACCGCCUCCUCUGAAAGGAAACAACAUUUCAAGGCUGUGAUUGUCAUUCUGACAUUGACAAACUAUUUGCUUUUCAUUGAGGGAGCUAAUUGAUAAUUCUGCUGUUGAAGGGUUCAAGCUGAACUUCCACUCAAAAUAUGUACCCAAAAUUUAUUCAUCCCUUUCAGCAAUGAUUUAAAAUCUAUUUAUCUGCAUGUCCACUUCCAUGAGUUUUUUUUUAAUGCUUUUGAAGUUUGAAAUUACAUGUAUUAGUUUUAAUAGAUAGAUAGAUAUCUGAAGAUUUCAGUUCAGGAAUUACAGAAAUAUAUGCAAAAAGUUGUUAUCAUGGUAUUUUGAUUCUGUUUACUAUCACUUCUAGUAGUUUCACUUCAUAAAUUGAACAGCAGUGAAUUAGUUUUGUUGAUACUUUAAGGGAAUUCCCUACAGUACUAGCUAGCCCAUCAAGUCAAGACAGUCAAACUGAUUUGAUCAUUUUUGAAAGCACAACAGUAGAGUGGUUGUCAUCUAGAUAGAUGCACUUGAAAUAUAUGGUUUGCAUUUCACAUAAGUUCACUUCAACAAUUUACAUAAAUUGCACUUUAUGCAAACAAGAUUCUGAUCUUGAGUACACGUUUUGACUGGAGAGCUGUACAUAUGGCAGCAGAGAUACAUAAUAUCCAUUAUCAUAUUUUCCCCAAUGUUAGACUGCUGUUUUAUGUGACGACGUGCAGCAAGUGACAUUUUUACUCCACAAAACCUAAAGUUUUUAUGUGUAUAUAUGAAGAAAAAAAGUUUUAUCACCAAAUAUGAAUAUAGAAAUAAGUAUGUAUAUUAGGUUAUUUCUAUGAUGGUGUAUUUGAAAUCGAUGGAAUCUGCAUAUAAUCGGAUUCAUUGAUUAAUACACAAAUUACCCCCUGCUUUCUUCGUUUUCACACCCUUUAACACAAACAACCUACACAGCUAUUCAGAAUCUGUAAAUGAUAUGGAGGAAAACAUGCCAAAUCUCAUUUCCACAACAAUUAAGAAAACUGCUCUGAAAAACUAAAUGUUGUUUUUGUGAGCCACAUUAUCAGUCCCGAUUGUUCUUAAUUUGACAGGCUGGCGGAUAAAUCACCAUCAUUCCAAUAACAGGUUUUGUUUUGUAGGUGGUGGGAGGUGAGAUUUUGUGCAAAUCAAAUUUACAUAAUUUGUUAUUUUUAUGGAUACUUGAAGUAAUGCACAUAGGCAGUUGUAAAUGACAUUGAAUAUUUUUCACUUUGUCAUGGUUUAAACAAAUGCAGGAUCACAAGUAGAUUAAAUAAAUUAAUAAACUAAAUAAAUUAAGGGGAAAAAAUUCAGCUUUCAAAGUCUGAAAUUCAGGUUUUUGAUCAUAAAGUUUAAAGCUCAAGAAGAAUGGUAUGGCGAUAAAUUUUGUAUAUAAAUGUAUGACAAUAAAAGGUAAACAGAGAGAAGGCUUGCUUUUGAUUAAUUGCUAAGGUAGUGUAGUGGUAAGACCAUUGUGUUGGGGUGGUAACUAUAGACUCUUUAAACACAUCACCACUGAUGCGAUGCUUAAACCACAGGGAGGCUUAAGGGAUGGUCGAAUUGAAAAGCAAGCAAAACAAUGUUGUUUACGAGUUUUAUUUCCACAAAUAUGUUGUGUGUGAUAGCAAGUCUGAAUUUGUAAACAGAGCGAUAUAGUGAGGUAAUAGAGAUGUUAUCUCAAAACUCAAUGAUAUUUCCCUAGCUGUUGAUGUAAGAACCCAGCAAAUAGAUUCCUUCUUCGUAUGAUACCUGUAUAAGGAACAGCGGUCCCAAGAAUUAUGCCGCCAAGUUCAGGGGAGUUAUGGGGUCACCAUCUGAUGCCCUCACAGGUGAUGGUGGAUUGCCUCAUGCCAAAUGGAGUAUUGAUACAGUUGAUGGUUAACCGAGAUGAAACAUUAGAAAGGAUUAAAGCACAGUUGUGGGCCGAGGCCAAAAAUUACCCUCUAUGUCAUAAACUUGGUGAUCAGGGGUCAUAUAUUUUUGUGAGCAUCACACAAGAUGCUGAAAGUGAGGAAUUCUACGAUGAAACCAGAAGAAUGUGUGAUCUUAGACUAUUUAUGCCUAUACUCAAAGUUGUCGAACCUAUUGGAAACAGAGAAGAAAAAAUAAUUAAUUAUGAAAUAGGUAUGACUGUUGGCAUACCCACCAGUGAUUUUGAUGACAUGAAGGACCUUGAAGUGAUGACCUUCAGGCGAACUGCCCUUGAUGUUUGCCGUGAUGCUUUGGAACAGAGACAGAUUAACAGUAAACAAAGCGCUGCAUUGUAUACUUAUCCACCAGAUUUAGAAUCCUGCCCAGAAUUACCUCCACAUCUGAAAAAGAAAUUGGAGAAAAAUGGUAAUGAAGGACAUGUUGUGUGCUGUAUAUGGAUUGUAUCAGAUGAUGGAAACAGGAAUAAAUUCAGUGUGAGGGUAGAGCACACAGCACGACCCAUUGAUGUGAUUUCAGAGGUCAUAAGGCGCAGAGGUCGCCUGAUGGACAUUACAAAAGCACAGGUGGAAGGCUUAAUAGAGAGUUACCGCAGCACAUACGCUCUGAAAGUGUGUGGUUGUGAUGAAUUUCUGUUGUCAGAGAAACCAAUUAGUCAAUACAGGUAUGUCAGGGAAUGUAUUGCUACAGAGAAGAUCCCACAAUUCAUGUUGCUGACCAAGGAAAGUAUUUAUGCAACGUUACCAGAGUGUGCCUUCACCAUGCCAUCUUAUGCGCAAAGAGGUCACCAGUUGCUUUUAGAUAUAAACAAUCAACCAACCAUUUCUCUGUGGGAAAUUAAUGCUGCAAUAAGGAUAAAGAUAAACUGUGCAACUUACGUUAAUGUGAAAGAGGCAGGAAAGAUUUAUGUCAAGGCAGGCAUCUAUCAUGGAACAGAGGCCCUGUGUGAGGCACAGGUGACGAAGGAAGUGGAAUCGAACAACCCUCGCUGGAACGAGUGGUUAGAGUUCCUGAACAUGACAGAUAUACCUCGCAGUGCACGACUGUGUAUGUCCAUCUGCUCAGUCAAUAGGAGGCGAAACAGAAAGGUGACCUUUGCCCUAGCCUGGGGAAAUUUACAACUGUUUGACUUUAAUGAUAGACUUCUAAAUGAAAAAGUCAGUUUGAAUCUCUGGCCAAUGCCUCAGGGAAUGGAUGAACUCCUAAAUCCCAUUGGAAUUCCAGGAUCAAAUCCUGAUGAAAAGGAAACGGCAUGUCUAGAAAUAGAGUUUGAUAGGUUUGCUUUCCCUGUCGUUCACCCUCAGGCAUACGAGUUUGAAGAACUCGCUCAUUUCUUGACAACCAGAGAGAGAAGAUCACAUUUGUUGGAGACACCCAUGAGUAGACAGAAGGAUGAGGAGACAAUUAGGGAAGUUGUACAAAGAGAUCCAUUGGCUGAAAUCUCGUAUCAAGAAAAAGAAAUAUUGUGGAAACAAAGAGAAUACUGCAUGUCUCUUCCCCAUUCUUUGCCAAAGCUGCUGCAGGCCAUGAGAUGGAAUGACCGUGAAAAUGUAGCUCAGAUGUACAUGUUACUGAAGAAAUGGCCGAUUCUGGAACCCGAGGUUGUCCUGGAGUUGCUGGACUGUUCUUUCCCUGACCCUCAUGUUCGGAGCUUUGCUGUUAGAUGUCUUGAGCAAAAUCUGACAGAUGAAAAACUACAACGAUACCUCCUGCAACUUGUACAGGCAUUGAAAUUUGAACCAUAUUUAGAUAAUCCAGUUACCAGAUUUUUGUUGAGGAAAGCACUUCUAAAUCAAAAAAUAGGACAGGUCUUCUUCUGGCAUCUCAAGUCUGAGAUGCACCAUCCAGCCAUUAGAACUCGAUUUGGACUUGUGCUAGAAGCUUUUUGUCGAGGCCUAGGGCCAUAUUUAAAAGUCCUGACCAGGCAGGUGGAGGCACUGGAAAAACUCACCAAACUUACAGAUGCCCUGCGAAUGGAUGUCAAAAAUGACCACAUAGAACAAAUGAAACACCUUCAUUUACAACUCCAGCAGCCCGAUUACCAUGACGCACUCCGUAACUUCCUGUCUCCGCUAAACAACAGCAAUAGAUUAGGAGAUAUAUGUGCUGCGGAUUGUAAGGUGAUGAAAUCUGCCAAGCGUCCUCUGAAGCUAGUUUGGCAGAAUGCAGAUCCAAUGGCUGACAUCUACCACCUCUCCUUCAAAUUCUUCUUCAAAAAUGGAGAUGAUCUUAGGCAGGAUAUGCUAACACUACAACUGUUAAGGGUCAUGGACUCACUCUGGAAAGAGGAGGGACUUGAUUUAAGAUUGAUUCCAUAUGGAUGUCUAUCAACGGGGAAAGAACUGGGACUAAUAGAAUGUGUCCGUGAUGCUCUGACAAUCAUGGACAUUCAGAAAAAGACAAUAUCUGGUGCUAUUCAGAUCAAUUCUAGUAAUCUUCAUCGGUGGAUCAAAGAAAAUAACAAGGAGAAGUAUGACCAAGCUAUAGAAACCUUCACCCGAUCCUGUGCGGGCUAUUGUGUGGCCACAUUUAUUUUGGGCAUUGGAGACCGACAUUCAGAGAAUAUUAUGUGUACAAGAGAUGGUCAGGUAUUUCACAUAGACUUUGGUCAUUUUUUGAACCACAAGAAGAAAAAGUUUGGAAUCAACAGAGAGAGGGUCCCUUUUGUGCUGACAGAGGAUUUCGUACGGGUCAUAGUGCGAGGCUCAGAUAAAACUUCAAAACAUGAACUCUUCAGAGAAUUUAACAGGUUGUGUCUAGAGGCAUAUUUGGUUCUUCGCAAACAUGCCCAUCUUCUUAUUAAUCUCUUCACUAUGAUGCUGUCGUGUGGAAUACCCGAAUUACAGUCCCUGGAUGACAUCAGCUACGUACGAAAGACAUUGGCCGUGGAGGAAACGGAGGAGGAGGCGGCCAAAUAUUUCAACACGCAAUUCGAAUCAGCCCAUGGUGGACAAUGGUCGACUAAGGUCGACUGGGUAUUCCACUUCGUGAAGAAUCUCAGUAAAUAGGAAGUGAUGUAGAUUGACACCAAUACUUUUCUCUCUCUCUUGGAGAAUGACCUGUGUUCAGUUAUCAACUUUGUAAUUUUACAUUCUAUACAUAGAGACAGAAAUCAGAGCAAGACAGAUAACAUUUUCUUUUCUAUGAAAAAUUUUAAGGGACAGGGAGCUCCAUGGUAUUGUCUUUCAGAACAUUUUACUGGUAGUCAUUAAUUGCAAUAUGCUGUCAAAAUGAAGUCUUUUGUCAGCUGCGUCAUUUUUAUACCUGCUUUUGCAUUCUGAGGGCUCAUUUUACAAAAGUAGGCAUAAUGUAUGUGAAAUGUAUUUCAAGUAAAUGAAAUUAGCAAUUUGAUCUUAAAAGAAUUGAACACUGCUACCUCUGACAUAUAUGUACAGUAAUUUACUACAUGUAUGAAAAUGAUUGCAUUAAUUCCAUUUUAAUACUUUUUACACUGACAAUGAAUUGAUAGCAAAAUUAAAGUGUUUUUACUGUAUUGCUUUCAUGUAAGUACUUUUACUAAUAAAUACAUGCAUGUAUGGAUUCAAAAUUCUUCAUCAAGAAUUACAUGUCUUAUUGGAGAAAUAAAGUUAUUGUUAAAGAAAUAAGAUAAACUCAAUUUGUAUGUACAUGCACCUGUUUUAUUGAGUCCCAAGGUUGUUUUUGUGAUAUUGAACUAAAUGUUGGAUUCUAACAUUACAAUCAUGCAUAGGUAUGGAUUAUACUAUAAUAUUUGUUAGGCAUUCAUUAUCAUACUUUAUAGCAGUUAAAGGAUGGCUGGACGUGCAAGUUCAUAAUUUAUUAUAGUGCAGAAUGUAAGAAUGAUUGUUGUUGUAUAUGAUAUGUCUAUUUCACACGCAUGAAUCUUAAGCACAAUUAGAACAGUAUUGUCAUUGCUAUUCAGAAUUUGUUUUGAACAAACUAUCAUAGUUUUUGUUGAAGAAAGUGCAAUCAACUAUCAUUACGUUUACUUGUGUGAAAGGUACAUACAUUUUUUUAUGCGUAAAUCUUGAGUAUAGUCCUAAGAUCUAUUUACAAAUGUGUUUUGUGUUUGUCAUACCAUAAAAUACAAGAUGUUGUGUUUGUCAUACUGUGAAAUACAUGUAUGUGGAGGGGGGGUUACAUGUAAUACAACACUAUUGCUGAGAAUUAUUUUGCAUAUUUUGUAAUGAAUAAAUCUAAGAAAAUCUGA